AGAUGUUUGUGGUGCAGAUGAAGCCUGGGGUGCUUUCCAGCUGCCGGAGGUCGGGAUAGUAACGAUCUAAGCCUGGCUCUGCAGGACCUGUGGGCAGCUCAGUACCAUGUCAGGAGACCACAUACAUUCUGUCAGUGGCCCCUUCUCAGCGCUGACUCCAAGCAUAUGGCCCCAGGAGAUCCUGGCCAAGUCUGCUCAGAAGGAAGAGUUGGCAGAGCAAUCCGAGUUCUGCUAUGAUGAGUUUGGCUUCCGUGUGGACAAGGAAGCAGGUGCUGAGCCCGGGUCUGGCCCACUUCUGGGCAUGGCCCUGGUGGAGGACCCCCCACAGAGGCUGCGGUGGCAGGCCCACCUGGAGUUUACCCACAACCAUGACGUCGGUGACCUCACCUGGGACAAGAUUGCUGUCUCCCUGCCACGCUCUGAGAAGCUGCGCUCCCUUGUGCUGGCUGGCAUCCCACACAGCAUGAGGCCACAGCUGUGGAUGCGGCUCUCUGGGGCUCUGCAGAAGAAGAAGAACUCAGAGCUCUCCUACCGUGAGACUGUGAAGAACAGCUCCAAUGACGAGACCAUCGCUGCCAAGCAGAUCGAGAAGGACUUGCUCCGCACCAUGCCCAGCAAUGCCUGCUUCGCCACUGUGAACAGCAUCGGCGUGCCUCGACUGCGUAGAGUCCUCCGGGCACUAGCCUGGCUUUAUCCGGAGAUCGGCUACUGCCAGGGCACGGGCAUGGUAGCUGCCUGCCUCCUGCUGUUCCUGGAGGAGGAAGAUGCCUUCUGGAUGAUGUGUGCCAUCAUUGAGGACCUGCUUCCUGCCUCCUACUUCAGCACCACGUUGCUGGGUGUCCAGACUGACCAGCGAGUCCUGCGCCACCUCAUCGUGCAGUACCUGCCUCGCUUGGACAAGCUGCUGCAGGAGCACGACAUCGAGCUGUCCCUGAUCACACUGCACUGGUUCCUCACGGCGUUCGCCAGCGUUGUGCAUAUCAAGCUGCUGUUGCGCAUCUGGGACCUGUUUUUCUACGAGGGCUCCCUGGUGUUGUUCCAGAUGGCCCUGGGCAUGCUGUGUCUCAAGGAGGAGGAGCUGAUCCAGUCUGAGAACUCGGCAUCCAUCUUCAACACGCUGUCAGACAUCCCGACACAGAUUGAAGAUGCAGAGCUGCUGCUGGGGGCGGCCAUGCAGCUGGCUGGCUCCCUCUCGGAUGUAGCUGUGGAGACCCAGCGCCGCAAGCACCUUGCUUACCUCAUUGCAGACCAGGGCCAGCUUCUGGGGACCAGUGCCACUACCACCCUUUCUCAGGUGGUCCGGCGCCGGACGCAGCGGAGGAAGUCCACCAUCUCCUCCCUGCUCUUUGGGGAGGAUGACCUGGAGGCCCUCAAGGCCAAGAAUAUAAAGCAGACAGAACUGGUGGCCGACCUCCGAGAAGCCAUCCUGCGUGUGGCACAUCAUUUCCAGUGCACGGACCCCAAAAACUGUAGCAUAGAGCUGACUCCUGAUUACAGCAUGGAGAGCCACCAGCGGGACCAUGAGAACUAUGUGGCCUGUUCACGCAGCCACCGGCGCCGGGCCAAAGCCCUCCUGGACUUUGAGAGACAUGAUGACGACGAGCUAGGCUUCCGCAAGAAUGACAUCAUCACGAUCGUGUCUCAGAAGGAUGAGCACUGCUGGGUGGGCGAGCUGAACGGCCUGCGGGGCUGGUUUCCAGCCAAGUUUGUAGAAGUCCUGGAUGAACGGAGCAAAGAGUACUCCAUCGCGGGGGAUGACUCUGUGACGGAGGGGGUCACAGACCUUGUGCGAGGGACCCUCUGCCCAGCCCUAAAGGCCCUGUUUGAACAUGGACUAAAGAAGCCAUCCCUGCUUGGAGGCGCCUGCCACCCCUGGCUGUUUAUUGAGGAGGCUGCAGGUCGGGAGGUUGAGAGAGACUUCGACUCGGUGUAUUCCCGCCUCGUGCUCUGUAAGACCUACAGGCUGGAUGAGGAUGGCAAAGUCCUGACCCCAGAGGAGCUGCUGUACCGGGCUGUGCAGUCCGUGAACGUGACUCACGAUGCAGUCCAUGCACAGAUGGAUGUCAAGCUGCGGUCGCUGAUCUGUGUGGGGCUUAAUGAACAGGUGCUGCACCUGUGGCUGGAGGUCCUGUGCUCCAGCCUGGCCACUGUGGAGAAGUGGUACCAGCCCUGGUCCUUCCUGCGCAGCCCCGGCUGGGUCCAGAUCAAGUGUGAGCUCCGCGUCCUCUGCUGCUUUGCCUUCAGCCUCUCCCAGGACUGGGAGCUCCCUGCCAAGAGAGAGGAAGAGAAGCAGCCCCUGAAGGAGGGUGUUCAGGACAUGCUGGUGAAACACCACCUUUUCAGCUGGGACAUCGACGGGUGAUGGUCCUGCAGCCACUCCACUGUGCCCAUACCUCAGAGCCCACUGGCUUCCCAGGUGGCACCUGUCUCAAAAGCUGUGUGGCACAGGGGAUGGCACUGGUUUAGGGCUUUUCCUGUUGGCUGGGGCUGAAGGUGGGUGUCCAGGCUAGCAUCCUUUCCCUGGGGUGGGGUCGGGGUGAGGACUCGGUCCCCCCUGGGUCCCAAAGUAAGUGCCAGCAGCCCACUGCAAUUUGUAUGAACCAAAAACCUGGAGAAGGGUGGGAGGCUGCCCUGGUUGAUCUUUGCUCAGGAAGGGGUGUCAAGGGGGUGUAAAUAAACACUUUGAGAAAAUGCCUUGACCUCUG